GGCGCGGGCUACGCCGAAUAAGUGUUUACCGAUCAAUUCGCGAUUGCUGCUUAAUAAACAAUUCCGUCUCGACUAGGUCUUAGAACCAGCAAGUGACUCAUAUAUCGCUCACCAGCUUCACUAUUUAGACAGCCCGUAUGUACAUGGGCCCGUUCUAUCUGUCAUUGAAGCCUUGUUGGCAUACUUCAUUUGUGUCUUCCGUCUUAGCGAUCCGCCCUUGAACGACACAUCGAUGGAGCUCCCCUACACCACCGUCGACGUCUUUACGGACAAGCCCUUUGAAGGCAACCCUCUAGCCAUUGUCACGAUCCCGGCCUCGACUGACCUGACACAAGAGCAGAAGCAGGCCAUUGCCAGAGAGUUCAACUACUCGGAGACGACGUUUGUGCACGAAGUCGACGACCCCGCAUCCACGGAGCGCCGCUUCGAUAUCUUCACACCGACCGCGGAGCUUCCCUUUGCAGGCCACCCCACCGUCGGCACGGCCAUCUUUCUCAAGUCCCGCGGCGUCAAGAAGCUGAUUGCGAAGGCCGGGCCCAUUGAGAUCGAAGAGACGGGGGCCGAGUCCGUACGGGCCGCCAUCCCGCACAACACCCAUCUUCACCAGAAGCGGCUGAAAGACCUCGGGCCCGGGCCCUACAGCAAUGCGACGGCAGAACUUGCCGCUGCAGAGGCCGAAGCGCCUGUUUUUAGCAUUGUAAACGGCAUGACGUUUGCUCUUAUUGAGCUGCCCUCGCUGGCAUCGUUGGCGUGGGCCAAGAUUGGGCCCAUGGAGUUUCGGCAGCAGGAGCUUCUGGACGAAGGGUGGCGCAAGACGUUUAUUUCGCGAUACUACUUUGUGCGGCUUGGAGCUGAGACGAUUGACGGGCGUGUCGUGCACAAGAUCAGAACCCGUUUGAUCGAGCCUGAUCUGGAGGAUCCUGCAACGGGCAGCGCUGCCUGCGCUCUCUCGAGCUACCUGAGUUUGCACGAGCUGUCUGAAGAUUCCCUCAGCUUCGAGAUCACGCAAGGAGUCGAGAUGGGUCGAAAGAGCAACAUUUACGUUGACGCGAAGCUUGGACGUGGCGAGAACGGUGCACGAAAGCUGGAGACGCUGCACCUUGGAGGCAAGGCCACAAAGGUCAUGAGUGGCACCAUCUUUUUGAAGUCAUGAACAGUUGGAGUGACAUACACAAGACGGCCAUCAGCGUUUAUGAACAAUGUAUAUGAAUUUUUACAAGAAGUGCAGCCGGUAUCUGUCUCACACAGAUAACCCGACUGUGAUCCCUUUACCUCAAAGGUUGAUGUUCAAGCCGAGAGUGUUGUUGAACGUGACGGUACCCCAGUAAGGCUCCUGGCCGGCAUUUCCCACAUUGACGUAGGUGCUCUCGGAGAAGACGCCCUGCUUGGAGAGCGCGAGGAGCCAG